GCUAGCUAACUUAUACCAAGUAGCUAACUUACUGAGCUACAGAACAUUUGAUGUAUAUUGGGCUGUCAAAAGCUAGUCAUUUAGCAAGGUUUACUUUUUUUAAAUGCAAUGUUAAGAGUAUAAAGUGAAAGUCCUGGCAGUCAUUACCCUCACACUGCAACUUUAAUGUCUAAGUUAGUUAGCUAGCUUGCAUCUGCCUCCCACCUAAGAAAUCAGAAGAUAAUUGACAGCAGGAUUUUCUAAAUGAAAGCUCAUAGCCCUCGAGACAUGAUGUGUAAAGUCAAGCCAGAGAAAACGGACUCUGCUGCCUUUAAAAUGCCCAAAUCCUGUCAGAGCCAAACGAAAAAGAAACCUGUAAAGAAAACGUUUUUUCGACACACCAAGAAGAAAGAGCCCGUUUCAAAAGAUCAAGGUAAAACCAAGGCCUUGCUUCCCCCGAAAGAUGCCCAACAGUUUUCAGCCAACUGGAAAAUGUUACUAGAGGUAAGGACUUGGUUAUGACUUAAGUCAGAAAUGGCAUGCUGUGAUAGAGAUUUUGGAUACAUUUACAUUUAUAUCAUUUAGCAGGAUAGAUGACAGACCUGAAGGCAUUAGUACCACUGUCAUCCCUGUCUAAAAUCUGGUGUUAUGAUGCUAUUGAUGGUUAUUAGAGCGCUCUCUCUACUUGCAGGUGUUCAAAUCCAACCCCCCGCUGGUGAAAAAGCAACCAUUUCAGCAGAACUCAAAGAAGGAAGUCCAUAAGAAACCCACUAAAGACAUUUCAGAGGAGGAGGAUGUGGCCACGCAUAAGAAGCUUGCUAAAGACUUAUCAAAGACAGUGAAUGAUGCCAAGCCCACACAGAUGAAUAGUGGGAAAGCAGGGAAGGACAGUGCUGUUCCUAGUAAAUCCCAGGUGAACAGUGGGAAAGCAGGGAAGGACAGUGCUGUUCCUAGUAAAUCCCAGGUGAACAGUGGGAAAGCAGGGAAGGACAGUGCUGUUCCUAGUAAAUCUCAGGUGAAUGGGAAAAGUUCACGACCAUCGGGGACAGAACAGCCCAAAGCCAAGAAGAGGAAACAGAGCAGUGUCCAGACAGACCGCAAUGUACAGUUGAACAAGAAGAAGAAAGUAGAAGAAGUGGAGGAAAAGAAACCCACUAAGUAAGUCUGUCCAGUGUUACUAAUAUCGCCUUGACUUGGGCAGGAGCUCACCAGAACUAAGUACCGGCAGCUCCAAUUUUCUACUGCUUGAGUUCCUGCACCUCUAAUAGAAUAUUAGCUCAAAGGUAUUGCAGAGUUUCUGCACCUAAAUAUAAACUGUACCGGCACCCAAAAUGAAUACCAGCACCUAUUUCAGUCUAGUCCUAUAUAAGUCAAAGACUGAAUAUUGCUCAUAAGCAAAACAACUAUAUAUAAGACCGAUGUGUAUGAUUAUUGAGGUGUUGACUUCAAGAAACUCUCACUGUUGUAAAAAGCAUGUGUGUGUGGUUUGUCUGUGUUCAGUCACUUCUGCAGUCCAUUGUCAAACUUGCAUCCAAACAUACGGUCAGAUUAUCAGAUACUAUUUUCCACUGGCACCUCGGUGUUUGUUAAUGUAUGUGAUGGUUAAUACAUAUAAUCUGUCCUCCACUAGAUCGGACAUGUGGUUUGAUGAUGUGGACCCUGACGACAUUGAGGCCACAGUGGGAACAGAGGCAGCCGAUAUCAUGAGGAAGAUCCAAGGCACUCAGAAGACCGACGCCCAGACAACAGAGAAAGCGCUGGUCAAGGACAGGGGAUUUGAGGGGUAAGUUAGGCAGCGAUUCUCAACUGGCCGGUCGCUGGAGGUUUUGAAUGGGUCGCAGGUGUUGAGUAAAAAAAUGAAAAAACACUCCAGUCUGGAUUUAAACUACAUAAACCAGGUAGAAAGUGUGUAAAAAUGAUAAAGAACUUACAUUUUUACAUAAUUUAAUCUCAGAAUAAUUUCUCUUCAAUCACAGUAUUUUCAAUAUAGAGCUAUUAGCAGCUUUGUGCAACAUGAACAGCAGUGCAUCUUCCAUACCUAUCUUGGCCUGGUAGGCAAACUGCAGGGGGUCAAGAAACCCAUGCACCAGCUGCUUUAGUUGUGCCAGGACCACUCUCUCAAACACCUUAAUCAGCUGGGAAGUGAGUGCAACAGACAUGAAGUAGUUUAGGCCCUGCCCCUUGGUGUUUUUGGGAACAGGCACAAUGCAGGAGGAUUUUCACGGUGUAGGUACAGUAGAGGUAGACAGUGACUGCAUGAAGAUGAAGUGCAGGAUCCUGCUCAGCUGCUCAACACAAUCCUUGAGCACCUGGGUCUGACUCCAUCUGGUCCUGCAGCCUUCCUGGCAUUUGUCAAUUUUAAAUGUUUCCUCACCUGGUCAACAGUCAGAGUAAUUACCCGUACUGUGGCAGUCUCUAUCCAAGCGCACUAGAGAACCCGUCCAAAGUCACUGAUUCAACAAGUGUAUCAUCUAAGCCAAGUUUCCGUGAAAGAAAACAAGCUCACAUCGUAAAAGUCCCAUUGGAAUUGAAUGUUUGCGUACAGCUCAUCUACCUUGUUGGGCAGUGAGCGCACGUUCCCAAUGAUGAUGAAGGCUUGCAUUAUCUCUGUCUGUUCCGCACUCUCACACCCCCUCUGCGGCCCUGUCUCCUCUGCUUCAUCUCUGGUGUUACAUCCAGUCGUAACCGCUCCACUUUGUGCAUUUCCUUCUCCCACAUUACCUUGUAUGCAUCCUCCACAUGCGUCGUUUAGCUAGCUUGGAAUAUACGUUUUGACACAGUGACUCACUACCCAAACCAGACGCAACUGGUUUCAAGUGGCCAAGAGAUGUCAUGUGAUCUCCUACUGAUAUCUAGUGCAGGGGUGUGAUCUCCUACUGAUAUCUAGUGCAGGGGUUCCCAAACUUUUUCACUCAGGCCCCCCUACCAGCAUUGGGGAACAUCCCACGCCCCCCUAUUUCUAUGGGCACUGUUCAUAAUACAAACUGUUCACACCGCUCUUGUUGGUGGAGCGAGUAUUUUAAAGGUUAUUUCCUGCAAUUCUACACGUUGUCAUUGGGUGCAGUGAAAAACGUGGAGUUUUAAAGCUCUUUCUUGCAAUUCUAUACUGUGUUUUCAUGUGAUAUUUGAACAUUACUACAAAAUCUAUGGGCUAAAAACCUAGGGAGGGGGGGAUCAAGCUCCAAGUCAAGCACCAGGUGUGACCAAGGCUUUUUCUCUCCCUGUUCAUCAUGGCACGUGUCAGCCUGACCAAGGCGGUGGCUAUGGACUGUGAGAUGGUGGGUGUGGGGCCAGAUGGCGAGGACAGCAUCGUAGCCCGGGUCUCGCUUGUUAACCAGUUUGGAAAGUGCAUCUACGACAAAUACGUCAAGCCCACAGAGAAGGUGACGGACUACAGGACAGCUGUCAGUGGCAUCCGGCCAGAUGACAUCAAAAACGGUGAGCAGGAUGAAUUGAACUCUGAUUUUGACCACUAUAUUAAUAUGGUCUUAUGGUAGCAUUGGAAACGGCAACAAGCUCACUAAAGCACAAAAGAGUUGUCUUAUUUUAGGAUGAAGUUGUCUGUGCGUCGUUUUUAUAUGUUAUAUGCUGCAGGUGAGAAUGUGAAGACUGUACAGAAAGAGGUGGCUGAGAUCCUCCAGGGGAGAACGCUAGUGGGACACGCCAUUCACAAUGACCUCAAGGUACACCACUAUGAUGUAACUUACACUGUUUAUCAUUCAAACUAAAACCUGACCAUUGUCAACAAUUAUUUGAACUUUUCAUGCUAAAAUCUUUCAGAUUUUGCUUUUGGAUCACCCAAAAAAGAGAAUCAGAGACACCCAGAAGUAUAAACCUUUCAAGAAAAUUGUGAAGGUAAAGACUUUGGUUUUUGGGCAGAUAUAAUUUUUCAUUAAUGUGCGUGACUGAAGGGGUUGUAAUAACACUAUAAGAGGAAGAUGUUAAUGUAAUUUUCUUUUCAGAGUGGUCGGCCCUCUCUGAAACUCCUGUGUAGAGAAAUACUCAGUGUCAAAGUACAACAGGGAGAACAUUCAUCUGUAAGUCACCUUUUUAUCAAUCUUUUUUUAUUUUUUAGCUCACAUAUACAGUCGUACAACUGUGAACCAUAGCCAAUGUCUGAGAAUGUUGCAGGUCCAAGACGCCCAGGCAACCAUGAGAUUGUACACAAUGGCGAAGAAACAUUGGGAGGCAGAGAUCAAGGCUAGUCAUAACAACCCAGAGUUAACCAAGAAGACCAAAGAACCAAGGAAGCCCAAAUCACCCAAACACAAAUUAACCUGACUGUCUGGGUCUGAAGACUGAACUGCAUCAGUCUGUAAUGAGACUGAGGACUUGCCAUUGACUAGAUGGCACAGGACAGGAGGCUUGACUGAAUGAACAAGUGUGUCUUUGGGAAGUGGACUCGCACUUAGAGGUCUUGGUGAACAGUGAAUUGAGGAAUCUCUUUUGGUGACCCAUAAGGAUUACACAAAGCGGUUUGAUGAAGUUAAUAUUGACUUUAUUCAAAUCCCACUCAACCCUAAUUAUUCAGAAAGUUGGUAAUCAAAAACAGCCUAGUGCCGCUUUAACUAUGCAUCGAUCUUUCAUUCAUUGUCUGCUACAUCAUCUUCGGUUUUCUGGUUCGGAUGUUUUAAAAUGUGGUAUUUUUCUGAUCUUCUAACAUCCAUGUCUUGAUGUUCGAUAUCUGCAGUUUCAAUUUGGUUUACGUGUUGCCUUUUGUGGGAUUUGAGAGCUUUGUCGUGAAUUAAAAGUUAGAUCUUUAAAUCACAAGUAUGUAAUUUGUUGCAUUUAUUAUGAGCAUGCUUGUAAUGGGGGGGA